ACGGACCUUCAGUUUACAAGACUGACGCUCUACCACUGAGCUAUAAGGGCUUCUUUGUGUGAUGCAUCUGCUUUAAACUUAUUUUUUCAUAUUUUUAUUUUUGCCCCUUUCUUUAUUUUUUGAGUGUUGUUGCGAUUCAUUGUUCAUUUGAAUGAGCGUGCAAUUCAAUGGAGAAGGAGAACACCUUUGAUCCUGAUUUGGUUCACGAAAUUUUCAAGCUUGUGUGGAAAAGAAAAGCUGCAGAACGAGGGAAAAAUGAAUUAUCUGAGAAUAUAGACAAUGAGGUUGGGGCUAGCUCAUCAAAGAGAAUUCGACCUACUUUUGCCAAUGCAAAUGCACUGAAGCUGAGCUCUGAACUCCUCCGAGUCUUUGUAGCAGAAGCUAUACAACGUGCUGCUACUAUUGCUGAAGCUGAGGGCAGUGUCAAAAUCGAAGCAACUCAUCUAGAGAGGAUACUUCCUCAAUUACUUUUAGAUUUUUAAGCUACUUGAACGAGAUAUGAAAUUAUAAAGUUAUGUCAGUAGAGUGCAAAAAUGGGGUUUAUUUUUUUAAAAAUAGGAAUGCAACUUUCUCUCUAAACAUGCAAGAUGUUGGAUGAUUUCUUUUACAGCUGUUGAACUAACUUGAAAAUAUUGAUUAGACGCGUGCUUUUAGAAUCUACGAUACUCCAUACGUAGCGCAUGUUAGUUCUUUUAGAAAAUGGUCCUGAAGAAACUUUUGUUUUCUAAGAUAAUCACAAUUUUUUAUAUUAGUUUUCUAUUCAAUCUUAUUCAUUGAAGACGUUUUUAGUGCUAGAAAUUAUUGUCAUACAUUGUGUUUGAAUUACUUAACUUUCCUUCACAAAGUGCAAUUUGGCCAGGAUGACUGCAAAUAUGCGAAAUUGCUAGAUCAAAAGCAAGUAAGGUAAAUCUUAUACCAUGUAUUUUAUCAAUGUUUUGAAGGUGAAACAUAGUGGUAUAUUAUCCUGUCUGGCAGUGUUUCAUAUUUGCAAUUGCAUGCAUAAUCUGAUCUAAGAUUAACAAUUGCAGAUUUUUAUUUCAGAUGAAUGAGGAGAUACACCAUUUUUUAAUUUAGUGCUUAAGUAAAGCCGAAAGGAAUAAAAUUAAAGGAGGUCUGAAUCCAUUCAAUGUUAUUGAUAAAUUAGGACACACCGCUGUAGGAUAUACAGAACAUUUAAAUGAAAA